UCUAUCGAUAUCGAUAGCAUCUUAUCUCAAUUGCAUCAGAUGUAUCAUUUGCAUUUAAAAGAUUGAAUUUAUAAAUUAAACAUACAACAAUGUUGGACAUACUCAACGACGAUUGUUGGUUGGAGAUAAUCAAGUACUUGGACAUAUACGACAAAUUCGCGCUCUAUGAAGCCACCAAAGGCGUUUCAAAUCGUGUGAACUCAAAUGUGAUAUAUUCCUGGAAGCAUCAACUCAACUUUACACUUGACAACUAUAUGUAUGGGAAAAUGGAAGAGAUGCCUGAAUUGUUAGACAUAUUUAUAUCCAGCAUUAAGGACACAGUGCAGAAAUUAAUAUUCGAAAAUGUCACAGUUGAGUUUCUCAAACUCUGGGAAGAAUACACAUUUCCCAGCGUGAAAACACUGAAGUACACAUUGGAUGUGUGCGAUUAUAAUAGGAAUGAUAAUGAAGCCAUCAAAAUAAUGGCCACUAUCUUUCCUGGACUGCAUAGUGUGAAGCCUCAUGGUGGUGUCGAUUCCGGCAUGGUGCCCCAAUGGACGCAGUUGCGUAAACUGGACUUGAGUGAAUGGUUAUCAGAUUAUAUACCGGCAUAUGGCAAUUUAUUUAUACUCAGGUAUCCGCUACUAGAAGAGUUGAUUGUGCGUCAAGUUAGUAAUUUUACAAAUUUUUAUCAUGAAGUUAUGACCAUGUCCAAGCUGCACACACUUACCAUUCAAUUGACUGAUGAUUACUAUUUAAAUAAAUUUCUAGAGAAGCGCGGCAAUGACAUACAUACUAUUGUCUUUAACAAUUGCAUCGGAAAAUACAAGAUGAACACGUUGCACAAACUGAGGAACUUGCGACACUUGACAUUGCAGGAAGAACAUCAUUUCACUAGCGAAGAUCUACGCAAACUGAUUAUGGAUUUAAAUCAGCUGGAACAAAUCGAUUUGAUUUACUCUGAAAUAUGGCCUAGUGAAGCGGAAUUGUGGCAAACUGUUGCCAGUUGCCCAUCUCUAAAGAUUCUGAAUAUACUUGGCUCAUAUAUGGAUUCUGAUGAUUUUUUUCGAUUCGAACCGACAUCUCAUGGAAGAUGUACUGAAUAAGCGUUCUCAGCCUUUAACAAUACACAUCUAUUGCGAUGCACCGGCUAAGAAAUUAAAUUCAUAAAUUAAACAUAUAACGAUAAUGGAAACCAUCAAUGACGAUUGCUGGUUGGAAAUAAUCAACUACCUGAAUCUAGAAGAUCAGUUAGCGCUCUAUAAAGCCACCAAUGGCUUUUCAAAUCGCGUGAGCUCAAAUGUGAUAUAUUCCUGGAAACAUCAACUCAACUUUACCCUUGAUGAACACGCAUAUGAGAAGUUUGAAGAGAUGCCUGAGAUGCUGGAUGUAUUUCUGUCCAACAUUAAUGACACAAUGCAGGGAUUGGAAUUUCAGUGGGUCACACUGAAGUUUCUCUAUCGAUGGAAGAACUACACGUUUCCCAACAUGAAAACACUAGAGUACACAGUGGAUGACUGCGAUAUCGAUUGUGAUAGUGAAGUGAUAGCAAUAAUGACAGAACUCUUUCCUGGGCUACAUAGUUUGAAAUCCGAUGGUACUUUCUAUUGCGGCGCUCUGCCGAAAUGGACGCAGUUGCGUAAACUGGACUUGAGCGAAUGGUCACCAGAUUAUAAUACCUAUCGCAGCGAUUCUCCUGAAGAGAUUGCCAAGUGCAUGCUUAUGGAGGAGUUGCUUUUACCCGAUGCUGAGAUGCUAGAAAAGCGUGGCAAGGACGUUCAUACGAUCGUCUUUAAUGAUUGUAUCUGGGAAUUCAGCAUACCCACGUUGCAAAAACUCAGAAAUUUGCGUCAAUUGACAUUGCUGGACAAUGAUGGUUUCACCAGUGAAGAACUACGGGACCUGAUUGUGGAUUUAAAGCAGCUGGAACAAAUCGAUUUGGUUGAUUUUCAGAUCUGGUCAAGUGAAACAGAAUUGUGGCAAACAGUGGCCUGCUGUCCAUCGCUAAAGAUUCUCAACUUAUCUGGCAUGCAGCUAUACGAGAAUUUCUUUGAGUUUGGCAGACGUGUCAUGGAGAAGACUUUGAACAAUCGUUCCCAUGAUUUAACAUUGCAUUGCCACAACACAGGUGCAAACGAGAACCUUAUCCGACAGUACUUUAAGCAUCCACGACUGAAGCUCUCUUUUGAGCCCUUGAAACUUCAUGAAGUUGAUACUGAUAUGCUACAAAUGCAUCUCAAUCCGUUGCUGCCACCCUAAAAGUUAAAUAUGUGAUACUUUUGAAAGUAUUUUUUGCGAACUAUUGUGAUAUGCUGUGCUACUUUUUAGUAAUCGCAUAAUAAAUGUAAUAUUGUUCAAAAUAAUUGUAAUAUAUACAACAGAUAUGUUACAGAAUUCGAAAUGCAGCAAAAUGAAUUAGA